AACUAAAACAAAUAUUGUGAUAUGUACAAAUUUACUCAAAUACUGAAGAAGAAACGUAUAUAAAAAACCAGAACAAGAAUAAUAAGCAACCAAAGAUCUAAAGAAAGUGAGAAACAAAAAACAAAACCUAUUAAUAACAGUUAGAAGAAGUAGUAAACAAAAAACAAAAGAAAAAAUGGCUGAAAAAGUGGAACAACAAACACAAGUCACUUUAAAUAACAAUCAACAGAAUGAUGCUCGAAAAGUGCGCAAGUCGCCCGAUUUUCAAUCGAAUCUAAUGCCAGGCGUUAUAUCCAGAGAGCGAAGUUUUGUACGCACAUCAAAUCAGCAGAAUAUAAAUAAAAGGCGUAGUUUGGCAUUUAAUGUGCCUGGAACUGGACAGAUUCGUGGUGGAAAACCAGCUAUGGAUAUAUACAGACCGCCAAAUGUACGCGGCGAAUUAGCGGGUCUGGGUAUUGGUGCUGGUAAUGGUGUUGGUAUCGGUGUCGGUGUCGCCCCCAACAAAUUGAAUGCAAAUGCCCAGGAGUUCACAAUGUCAACGCCAACGUCGGCGAAUGAGGCACUUAAUAAUCGUUCAUCUCUGAUAUAUCCAACAAAUGGUCCAUCUAUGACACUGCAACAGCAGCAACAAUAUAGACGUCAGGCGGGUAUGUCUUUGGGUAAUAUGCCAACGGCUGGUCAUCAUCGUUCGAUAUUGGUAACCCAUCCGAUAAGUCCAUUGACCACUCAAUUGCCAUUGAUGAAUUCACCAUCUAGUGGAAAUAUAUUACAUUCAACAAAUCGUGUCAAAUUUGCACCAGAGCCAAGGACACAGAAGCAACACUAUGUUACAAACAACAAUAACAACAACAAUAACAAUCUAUAUGCUCAACCCUAUCAGGCGAAUCUUAAUGGCCUGGAUCCCUAUUUGAAUGGCAAUGCAUUGCAACGAUCGAAAUCCUUAUCCUCGGCUGAUGCCUUGACUCGUGGCAUGGCUGGCUUAGGUCUGGGCUUGGGCAGUGAAGUGGCCGAUAUUGGACAAUUUACACCAGAAAUUCAAGCUCUCAUUGAUACAGCACUCGAGGAUCCGAAUAAAUUGAAUUCCCGUUGCCUCAUGGAAUUGACAUCACAGUUUAUUAAACGAGCGGUGGAAAGCCGCAGAUUUGCAUUGCCCAUUUCACGUUUAUGUCUCAAUAUCAUUGCCAAAGAGCAGAAGGAGACAUUUUUGGAGGCAUUGCUUAAUACAUGCCGACAAUGGUAUCAGGAACGGGAGAAGUUAUUGUUUGCCAUACAAGGCAUGAAGUCGCCAUCGCGUGUACGUUUUACCGCAUUUAUGGCCUUUCUAACGGAAAUGUUUUGCCAAUUAAAACGCCGACAACUUCAACUGCGGACCCAUCAUGAAGGAACCCCACCGCCUUUGGUAUUACUUAGCCUUCUAUCGAAAUGUUGUGAAGAUUGUGUACGGCCACCUGUGCGUUCAUUGUCCGAGAUCGAGUGUUUGUUUUACGUCCUUACGUGCAUUGGACAGGAUAUGGAGCAACAGUUACCAACACAAUUGGAACUUUUGAUGGCUCUGGUGCGUGAUGCUUUUCUUAAUGUUGGCGAUUCGGCAGCAGCCAUACGUCGAACAUUGCUGCAAUUGAUUGAAUUGAAGGCUUCUCAUUGGCAAUUGCCGGGCAAUACAGUACUCUACUAUACCCACACAAAUAAUUAGAAGAAAAGGAACAACAACAACAACAAGAGCAAUCUGAUUGGGAUCGGAGCUGGCAGGCGCACUGCAAUUUGUUUGCAAGACAUUAUAUUAUAUUUCAUAUUAUUUUGUUAUCAAAUUGCAUUUAGGUCUGUUCGCCUGCAAUACUUUCUUAUUUACCAUUAUUCUUAUCUAGAGUUAAGACAUAUUUAUUAUAAUUUUGGGAAAAACAAAAUUGAAAUAGAUGAGACACUAACACAAUCACACAAUCCUUAUGCUAACCAGUAUCAGAAUGAGAGAUCAUCCAUCGUCUCGGAUGUUAGAAGGCUCAAUUUUUAUGUGAAAUCAAUAUUUAUGUGUAAUAAAUCACCGCUAGUCAAA